AUGCUCUCUCAAUCAGAACUGAACAACACUUCGAAUUCAACGUUGCAAUCAUCAUCCAAUGAUUUUUUCUCUCUUGUUUUACUGAAUCCACCACAACAUCCAUUUGUUAUAAUUCCUUUUAUUUAUUUUCUCUUUGGAAUUUUAUGGAUUGGUUCUCGGGUGUGCUAUUUACGGAGUGUGUUAAAAAUUUAUGAAAUUAAUCAAUCAUUGUUUCCGAUGAUGAUUGGAUUUAUUUAUUUACCAGCUUCAUUGCUAUCAAGUUUUUACUUAUUUUACAAAAAUUCAAAAGAUCUCUCGAAUACUGAGUUGAUUUCUUCUCUAAAUAAUUACUCGAUAGAUAUUUUCAAAUAUUUCAUGUCGUCGAGUUUAUUAUAUUUUGGAUUUUUAUAUUCAAUUUUAAAUUCAAAACCAAAAAGAUCUCCGGAUGAUAUGAGCAUUCAACACAUUGAAUAUAAUGACAAUGAGAAGUGGUUUCAACGAAUUUCAUUUGUCGCUGUGGCUGUUGCUUAUGCAUUUGUGAGCACUCUCUUCAGAUAUGACCAUUUGAAGAUAUAUGCCACUUGUUUGACACUAUUCACAUUGAUCGCAUGUAUUGGAAUGAAUUGGAGAGUUUUGAAUUCUUCUGAAAUUUAUGGAAUAGAGCCAGACAAGAAAUUACGGGAAGAUGUUGUUGAAGAAUUUAUUAACACGAAGAAGAAGUUAUUUAUACGAAUGCUUGCAGUCAUGAUUCCAUUACUCUCUGUGUUGGUUUCUAAUUUUGGAAUGUUUUACCAAAUUGAAAAAUUGUCAACUUCAGUGGCCAUUCACAUUCUAUUUGCCUUACUGUAUCAUUCAAUAUUUGUAUUUCAAUUUUAUAAUUUUUAUUUUCAAAAGGAUGUAUUGGAUCAGAGAAGAAAUAGAAUGAAAGUCUUCUUCUUACUCUUUAUUUUUCCAAUUCCCUAUUAUGAUUCAAUUAAGAAAAAUCCUCAUACGCAAGCAGAGAGAAGUAGCACAGGUGAUGUUCAAGUUAUUGAGAACAAUAGCACAACAGAUAAGCAUUAA